AUAAUACAAAUGCCUUUAGGUGACGGAGAACCCUGCCCUUCAGCUCUCAUCGACUACAUCAAACUAAGCAAAGAAGAUAGCAGUUUACUGCGACCUUGCAACAGAGGCAAAUGGAUCCUGUCUUCUUGGAGUCUGUGUCAGUCAGUGCCCGGGUACAACCACUGCGGGACCGGGAUCCGAACUCGGAGAGCAAUCUGUGUAGAGGCUGGAGAUGACGGAACAGAACGUCCAGUGGAAGAAGCCAGCUGUCCUGUACCGAAACCAGUGGUGGCACAGUCCUGUACGAUGGAGUGCAACUGGGACUGCAGUGUGUCACAAUGGAGUGGAUGGACAGCGUGUCAUGAGACCAACUGCGACAGAUCUGACCUGGUCAAGCGGGAGACAACUCUGCCAUUGGGCAGAAGAUUCCGAACUCGUGAGGUCCUGACUCUCCCUGGACCUGCAGGAAGCGCCUGCCUACACCUAAGCGAGACCCAGGCAUGCCUCCCGCAGCAGUGCUACACCUGGAACAUAACAAUGGGUCUCUGUGAGCCUACGACAAGGGGAGGAUGUGGGGAUGGGACACAACUCAGGAAAGCUGUCUGUCUCAACAGAGCAGGGGAAAAAGUCAGAGAUAGGUUCUGCCAUGAAAGUCUACACACGGAGCAAAACUGGGCCGAUUGCUACGUUCCUUGCCCCGAGGACUGUGUGCUCUCUGAGUGGGGUCACUGGAGUUCAUGCCCUGAUGCCUGUCUCAUGCAAGACGGAAGCCGGUAUAGACAAAGACACAUUCUGGCUUACCACAGUCCAGGCAGAAGAAACCGGCAGUGUCCCAGCACUAACUCUCUAAUUCAGACCGAACUGUGUCCUGUUCUCACCGACUGCUUGACCUACAAAUGGGAUGUUUCCAACUGGGGACCGUGCCAGCUCAGCGCUCAAAACUCCAGAGUCCAGUGUGGACCUGGGACACAAAAUAGGACGGUAGAAUGUUACACGACCUUGGGUGUCAAGGCACCAUACAAAUGCGAGGAGAGCACAAGACCGCGAUCCACACAGCCUUGCAUUAUUGACUGUCCUGUGGAUUGUCAUGUGACAGAAUGGUCAGAGUGGUCGGACUGUGGGAUUGAUUGUCUUCCCGUAGAGGCUCGUCAAAUGUUUCCGGCCCAAAUCCGGCGUCGAUUCAUUCUUCAGUACCCACAGAACGGAGGUCUGUCGUGUCCAAGUGACCUGCGUGAAGAGCAACCAUGUACCAAUCUGCCGGUUUGUCAGUCUCACUACUUUGAGACAACAGAAUGGAGCGACUGUAUCCUUCCGCCCGUGGUGCCACUGUGUGGUCAAGGGCUAAGAGCUAGAAUGACAGUGAUGACAUGUUUGGAGAAGCUAGGCACCAUGCCGGACACAACUGAAUUUUCUUCCUGGUCGCAGUGGACAUUGUGUGGACCUCAGUGCGAGAAAACCAGAUUUCGCUUACGACGAUUGCUGGAUGAGAGCAAGAAUAACCCCAAGUGCCAUGACCUGGAACUCUAUCCACGCGACCAGCACCAGGACUGCGUGUGUGACAGUGUCCAGUCCGUUGUUAUUGGUGGAUGGUCAGACUGCAUCAUCCAAUCAAAUACAGCGGAUGAAAGGAUAUUUGCCAGCAUGUCACUGAAGAGCAUCAGUGCCCGUCAUAGACGAACCAAUGAGACAGGUGUAACGGGACUGGGUCCACAGACCUACUGCGGCCCGGGGAAGCGAUACAUGGCUUUUCUGUGUCAGAACACUCACCAGAACCCAGUUGGUUCACCAGCUUGUACAGGAGAAGGCACGCAAAUGAUGACGGUGGACGAAACGUUCUGCAACUCUCAAAAUAAACCACAGACAGUCAAACCUUGCUCGUUGCCUUGCCCUGGAGAGUGUGUCUUGUCCGAGUGGUCAGACUGGACUACAUGUACUCAGCCCUGCACUGGUAAGGAGACACAAACAAGAGUCCGCGGCGUGUUGCGGUUGCCUGCUUCAUACGCCGUGACCCAGACUUGCGUCGCCCAGACGGAGGAGCGGCUCUGUGAGAAGUGGAAGAACUGCUUUGAGUAUUUCUGGGAAUUCUCCGACUGGACGAGCUGUCUAGUUAACUAUGGGGAUGCCGAGUGUGGCGUGGGGCAUAAGGAGAGAUUUGCAUUCUGUAGAAACGAAAAUGGAGAAAAAGUUGACCCCAUUGUUUGUCAAGAGAUAUUUGGACCUGUGACAGAACCUAUGGUCGUGUCCUGUGAGAUCCCCUGUGAUAACGACUGUUUGCUAUCCGACUGGUCGGAAUGGACAAUAUGCAGUACUACAUGUGGACUAGGAUUCACCAAAAGAAGACGCUCCGUUCUACAAACGCCGAUUGGCAGUGGUAGGAAGUGUCCAGAAAAACUGGACCAGUCCAAGCCGUGCUUCCGUAAAGGCUGCUACAGUUGGUUUGUCUCAGAGUGGAGUCACUGCAUCAUUCAGAACGGCGCAUGUGGAAGCGGUGAACGGGAGAGAAACGUUUCCUGCCUCAACGACGAAGGCAGAUCUGUUGUACCUUCUCUGUGUGACAUUAAGCCUGAAAUACUUAUCAUGCAGACUUCCCGUCCUUGCCAUGUGCCUUGUCCUGGAGAAUGCAAAUUGUCGGAGUGGUCCACUUGGUCGCAAUGUUUCAUCAGCUGUGAGGACUUCGAUCAGGGCUUCACAGUUGGAGUCCAAGCCAGAUCGCGAGCCAUCCUCGCAUAUCCCUCAUCCAACAACCCACCAUGUGAUGGAUCCCUGUGGGAGGAUCGCACCUGUCAAGCUGAAUUCUGCUCUCACUUCCAGUGGGUUACCACCGAUUGGAACAAGCUGACCUAUUCCAGAGAAGUGUUUUGUUCCCGGAACGAUGGCUUGAGGUGCUACCAGGAAAACGUUUUAUCAGUGGUUCCGAAACUGCGUCAUGACGCUUCGCCCAAGACAAAGACGGCUAUGUUACCUCUGAAAUUCGUGUUCUUUUUUUUUUUUUUUUUUGUAUAUUCAGAAAUCAUGA